AUGAGUUCAUUUCCAAAAUUGCUGAUGGAAGCGUGGCAGAAAUGGGAUGUGAGGGGAUUGGUUCUUUUUAGUCUUACCUUACAAAUAGCUCUCUCUGUCCUAGGUGGGCGUAGGAAAUACAAAAUUCCUCCACUCUCCAAAACCGUUCUAUGGUUUGCCUACUUAGGUGCUGACUGGAUUGCCAUUGCUACUUUGGGCAAGCUUUCCGGUUCCUAUACAGAAUCUCCCGCCACCAAUGUCUUAAGGGCAUACUGGGCUCCUUUACUCUUGCUACAUCUUGGUGGCCCUGACACCAUCACAGCUUAUUCCUUUGAAGACAACAAGCUUUGGCUUAGGCACCUCCUCAUCCUUGUUGUCAAAGCCAUUUUGGUCAUUUAUGUCAUUUGCUUGUCGUGGACCUUUUCCUGGAUCUCAUUUUUAAGUUUCCCUCUGAUCUUAGCUGGGAUUAUUAAAUAUGUAGAGAAGAUAUUGUGUCUCAAGCAAAAUAAUUCACGGAAAACAAAACCAGUCAUUUUUACUAUCUUUAAUACUCAAGGUCCUCAAACCAAUAACUCUUUAGCCCUUAAUGACCUUCUAAAACUAAAUCCAGAUGUGUUGGCUGGUUAUCUAUUGUUUAUAAGUAUGAGACCAGAUGUCAUUGAUUACCUCUCAUCCUAUAAUGUUCACGAUUUUAGAAAAAGGAUAAAAGCUUAUGUCAGAGAAACUACAGGUAUGGACGGCAUUUAUGCGAUCGAUUUAGCUCGAAAAUUGGCCGAAGGUGAAACAGAUGACAAACCGAAUUUUGUUUUUGACGUUCUUGCUGCUGAAAUUGGAUUUAUGUUUGACGUUGUUUACACCAAAGCUGCUUUGACUUACACCAAGUUAGGAUGCAUAUUGCGCUUCACCAGUUUCGCUAGCUCCUUUUCGGUUCUACUACUCUUCUUUAUCGGCAUAAUUAAUGAGCCAAAAUUCCAUUUCUCAAGAAUUGAUAUUCGCAUAACUGGCAUCUUAUUGAGUGGAGUUAUUGCACUGGACCUUUAUGCAGCAUGUGUAAUGCUUUGUUCUGAUUGGGCAAUUCUUGUUGUGCAAUUUCAUGAUAUUGUGUUCGCACGCAAAAUAUUUAAGAGGGAAGGUGAACCAAUGCCUGAAGAUCACUCAUUGCCGUGAAAUUGUUGAAACGCGGCGCAAAUACAUGUUGACUAGAUUUGUGAAAGUUCCAGAUAAUUUGAAAGACAAUAACAAUUACAUCAACCUUUUGGGGGAAACAUUCGCGAAAUCAAGAGGAGAAAAGGCAAUAAAAGAUGAGCAAAAUUUUGAUGCACUAAAAUGGAGCAUUGAAUUGGACUUUGAUCACAGCAUCGUAGUAUGGCAUCUCGCCACAAGUGUUUGCUACUUACAAGAGGAUCAUGAUGAUGAAAUCAAGAAAACCAGUAAGCACGUGUCAGAUUACAUGAUGUAUCUAUUAGUUAUGUGUCCUGCCCUGCUAU